AUGGGCUUCGUUGUAGUCUUUCUGUUGGGAGCGACACCGUACCAGGAAGUACAGAGGAAGGUGUCGGCAGAGCACGACAUUCACGGCGACGUCGUCCAAGGUGACUUCGUCGACAGCUACGAGAACCUUACUUGUAAGAGUGUGAUGCUGCUCCGCUGGGCCCGAGAAAAGUGCUCAGAUACUGACUUUGUGCUCAAGAUAGACGACGACGUUCUGCUCAGUGUGUGGGACCUCGCUGUCGUAGCGAACAGUUUGGGAGGAGUCAAGCGCUCAAUGUGGGGUUAUCUGUAUCGCGGCUUCCGACCCCAUCGGAACGUAGCUUCCAAGUGGUACGUGUCUAGGGAUAAAUACGGGCCAGAUACGUAUCCGGACUUCCUCUCGGGCACGGGAUAUCUGAUUUCGAGUGACGCCAUCUCCGCACUAGAGGACGUUACUCACGACGAGUGCUUCUUUACUCUCGAAGACAUUUACAUGACCGGUAUCGUCGCGGAAAGAGCGCAAGCUGACCUGCCACUCGUCCCCACGGCUACACCAGCGGCCGCUGCAAGCUCUUGCAGCAGCCAGGACGAGGCCUUUGACCCCACCAGAGAAGAGGUCGGCAGGACCUCUUUGGCCUCUGAGCUGUCCCGGCUGGUGCCAGGUCUAGGAGAGGCCUCCAGUGUGGCCACGUUAGGGGAGGGUAGGACAGCCGUGGCUGCUCCCACCGUGGGGGCGAGGGGCGGUCGCCUCAGCGCACUACGCGUGGCCUGGACGGCCGCCUGA